AUGGUCGUCUUCAAAGUUGGUAUUAUCGUUGCCGUGGCCCUUGCAGCCACAUCCAGUGCCCAAUCUGCCAACCCUGGUGUAGGCAUAAACCCCAAAGCCCAAGGCGCAACCACCGACGUGACGGAAAGCACCGGUCCCAAUGGAUCCGAGGAUUGGCUGAAUACUGGAAUCAAGGGCGAUGGCUGGAACCCUCCCUUCAUGACUCUGGAAGACAUCUAUCAUAUCUCGCUCCAGGAUUUCUAUAAUGGUACUGGAGCGCGGUGUGCACAAUAUGAUAAGUUCUUCCAGAGCGCAGGACUCAAGUACAGUGUUGACCCUGUCAUCUUGGCCGUGAUCGCGAUGCAGGAAUCUUCAUGCAACGCGCAUGCUGGUGGGCCGACUCCAGGUCUCAUGCAGGUCUCUUGCGCCAACUAUCCCAACCACAUAUGCACCAACUCGACUCAGGAUAACGUGGAUGCGGGUACAAAUUAUCUUAGAUCGCAGAUCAACGCGGCUGGCGGGAAUGCCAUUCAGGCCUUUGGCGCGUAUAAUGGCUGGUUCACGGCGGGCAGUGGGCUGAAUGGCAACAAGGGUCUUACUCAAGAUUACCCUUGCUCGUCAGAAGGCCAGGCCAAUGGUGAGCCCCAGAACCUGGAUUACUUGCAUCAGGUUCUGAAUGGGUGGUUGAUGGGAUUGGAUGUGUACGGGUCUGAUGAUUGGAUCGGCACUUACAAGUGUGAUCAGUCCUGCAGUGAUGGAAGCCUCUGUUAG